UAAUUAAAGUUGUUUUAUGGAAUUUAAGCAAAUUAAUUGGAUUAAUACUUUGUUCAGUGGAAAUGCAUAGACGUACCUCAACUGUGGAUAAUCCAUGUUAUGGAGAAAAUGUCAGACAAUCAAUGGAGCCAAAUAUGAUGUAUUUACCGACAAAAGAACUGCGUAGAGUUUCAAGAAUUCAUAGAAAAUCCGAAGGAGGAUGCUGUCAAUUUGACAAUAUCAACAGAAAGUAUUCCACAUCAAGUAGAUUAGAAGAGGAAGCGAAACAAAACAGAUAUCGUGUGAACUAUCAUUCAGACGAAGAAUGCACUUGUCAGUCAACCAAUUCACAAAGAAGACGCAGGUACAGUUUCUCUCAACUGUUACUGAGAAAGGCUUCCAGUAUUUCUAAGCGAUUUCGAUAUUACAUGGUCCAUAGUGUAGCAUUAUUCCACGAGGACUUAUAUGGCUUAUCGUGGUCUGAAGCACAUGAUAUAUUACAGUCAAACUAUAACAAUCCUGUUGAACUGAUUGAACCUUGUUAUACCCAUUUAAAGAAACCGAGAAAAAUCCGUCACUACAGUACAUCAGCUAUACCUAAUUAUUGUAAUUUGACCAGUAAUCUGACUUCAAACAGAAUCUCAGACGUGAAUCCAACACAAAAACACCCAAGACUUUAUCAUCUAGAUAAACCACAUUAUAUUCAGUGUAAAGCGGUUGAACAUGAUUUAACGGAGAGUAAUACAAGCUACUUAACAAAAGAGCAUGACAGACUUCAAAAUAUAAGUAGUACGACAAAUAUUUCUGAAGUACUGAAGAAAUCCACUGUGACUGGCAAAGGCAAUGACACUUACAGACCACCCACUGAUGAACUGUACCCAACUCCAAGUGAGUCGCACAAUACCCCAUUGAAUAUGGCAGCAUCAACAGUAAACAGUGAACUGUUAAUGAAUUCCUCGACUCAUACGAAAGUCAACACGACAUCAAACUGUACACAGGAAAGUGGAGAGUAUCAAAGUGAACUACAGGAGGAAGAACAACAAGAAGACAUACACCAGAAAUCACCUGCAGAUACUUUAAAUUUCGACAAAAUUACACUCAGCCAAAUAGUGACGGUCAGCCACAAAAGAUGAAAAGUAAACUACACAUCAGGGAUAUUAAAGGCUGGUUCAUCAGUUUGACUGAACGUCGACAAAGGGCAUCGACAGAGUUAGAACAGUCGUCAAACGACGUGAAUGGAGAUAAACUUAAAGGCAGAAAAUUCCACAAUUCCCUGUCAGUUGGAAUCAGUAGUCAUUGAUUGACAGUUUCUGUUAUCGUCAUCACUGUUGGUUAAUUAUAUCAGUGUACAAAAUGAGCAUGAUUGCAAUGGACCUUUUAAAAUCUAGCCAAGAUAAAAUAAAACUGUACAGAAAAUUUUUAUUUUUUUGCAUUUAAAACUGAAAUAUUUUCUCCGAUAGGUUGGUCAACUUUAGUAAAUAUAGAC